UAGCGAGCUAGAUGAGGUGACUUUUUCAUAUUUCUUUCGAGUUUCUUUCUCUUUCCUAGGUAUCUUCUUCACGAAAUAAACGGCAGAACACAUAUAACACGAGAAUGACCCUUCGGUAUCAAGAGCCUCAUCCAAUAUGAAUAUGCCAAGACACUCAUGUUCGCCCAGUUUCUGUUGGACACCAGGGAAGCAAUCAAAGAAACGUCAAAGGCGUGACAUGUGUCACAAGUUCACAUCUCUAUAUACUUAUAACCCGGGCUUGUGGCUACUGCACUGUCACUUUGAGUGGCACUUGCACGACGGCUUCGCGAUGAGCAUCAUUCGAGCGCCAGCCCAAGGAGAUCAAGGACGUGUAUCAGAAGAACGGGGCCGAGGCGGAGAUGCAGAGGGCGUGCAAGAACUGGGCAGCUAGCGGGUUGGAGAAUAGGAACUGAGCCUGGGCCUUGGUUUGAAAGAUGUGAUUGCUUUUGAAAAUCGUUAAAUCAUAAUGCGCAACCUGUUCGUUAGAUUCAAGUUUCCAAC